GUGUUCGCACUUGGCCUUGGCAAUGAUCCUACAAUUCUGAUGUUUUAUGCAAUUAAUCAAAGAUAGAAUUUGCAGUGAAACUACUGUGCGUGAGUGGAAUAUGGAUGGCCUCAAAGUGAGCAAAUUUCGAAUGUAUUUGCCGCAAAUUCUGGCCACAACAGCCAAGAAUCUCUUAGUUAUUGACAUUGGAUUGACCACAACAUUUCCAACGAUCGCCAUUCCACCUCUCCUGGGCACAGUGGAUGUCCAGGAAGAGGAGAUCUUCCAUUUCACACCCGAGGAAGCUUCCUGGUUCGGCAGUCUCGCAUUUAUUUGCACUCCGAUCGGGAGUGUGUUCUCAGGAUGGGUGACAGAAACCAUUGGCAGGAAGAAUGCCAUGAUUCUGGUCAAUUUACCACACAUCGCAGCAUGGUUGCUGAUCUACUUCGCCACUUCUGUGUCUGAAAUGUACUUGGCGGCGAUCCUCCUGGGCUUGGGAACGGGAUUCAUGAACUCUCCAAUAUUUACCUACGUUGGAGAAAUAUGUCAACCAGCCAUCAGAGGAAUCCUGACAUCCUGCGCAGGAGUCGCAGCCACUCUGGGCUUCUUCAUAGGCUAUCUCCUGGGAUCUCUAGUCACUUGGCGCGAAUCUGCUCUCAUUUGUCUCACAAUCCCACUAAUUUCUAUCAUUGCCAUUGGUUUCAUUCCGGAAUCUCCCAUCUGGCUGCUCUCCAGGGGACGAGACAAGGAGGCCAGAAAGUCUCUGCAGUGGCUCAGAGGCUGGGUUUGUCCUGAAGCGGUCGAGAAGGAGUUCCUCGAGCUGCAGCGCUACAGCAUCAACAGCACCAGAUGCAAUCCUUGCCAGAAGAGCGACCAGAUCUGCAAUCAUCCACCACCAACUUUUUCCGAUAACAUGAAGGAAUUGAUCAGGAAGAGAACUCUAAAGCCCAUCUUCAUCGUCGCGAUGUUCUUCCUCUUCAGUCAAUUCAGCGGCACGUCAAGCAUGCGACCUUAUCUAGUGCAAAUCUUCAAAGCUUACGGCAUUCCUGUCGAUCCGAACUGGGCAACAGUUGUGACUGCUCUUCUCAAGUUUCUGGCCACCAUUGUCUGUGCUACUGUUGUGAAGAUGAUGGGAAAACGCCUUCUCAGCCUGAUCUCAGUGGCCGGAACGGCUUUCUGCAGCAUCGCCAUUGGAUCUUACGCAAAUAUUGUCCUUCCUGCUGGAUGGAGUUCCUUUGAAAAGCACACGGAAGUUCCUGGCGACGGAAUCUUUCCCAUGGUGAUAUUCUUCACGCUCUCCUUCAUCAUGAGUUUAGGAUUGAGUCCAGUCUCCUGGAUGCUGCUCAGCGAACUCUUCCCUUUCAAAGCUCGCGCCACUUCAGCUGGUCUGGUCGCUGCUCUCUACUAUCUAUUCAUCUUCAUUUCCACCAAAACCUAUCUUGAUUUAGAACGUGGUUUAGGGCUCGACGGCGCCAAUUGGCUUUACGGCGUUGUGGCUAUUCUGGGCUUCUUGUUCUUCUACUUCUUCCUGCCAGAGACUGAAAAUCGCUCUCUCGAAGAUAUCGAGAUUCACUUCUCCACGCAAAAGCUCACCAACAUCAACAUCCAGUCGAAAUCCUGCGGAGAUUCCAGUAUAGCUGAGAGUAGACAAGAUCAGACUUCAAGUUCAAGUGUAGAAAAUGGCUCAAGUGGCUGUGAAAAUAAUGGUUUCACCGACAAGUAUUAAUAAAUAAGUUAACUUAAAUAUAAUAAUGUAAAUAGUAGAUAAUAACUUAAAUAAAAUAGAAACCUCAC